GUGGCAGCUCCAGCGGGGUAAACUAUCGUCCAGAGCGCAUCAAGAAAAAUCGCGCGGAACUGGUUACAGUUUGUCAGUGUAGACGUUGCUGCUGGGGGGAGGUGGAAGGGACUCCAGAGAGCGACCCGUGAGAGUGGAGCUUGCUACAUGGCCGCCCAGCGUAGUACUGCCGCUACUGCGGCUGUUUCUACAGCAUCAGUCAGUGACAGUAUCCGGGUGCAACAGGCCAGCGCAAGCAGCAAGACAAGGCGUCCCUCCGGGAGUGCUACUGACCUGGACUUGGAUGCGUUGUCAAAGCAAGAAUUGGACAUUGAAUCGUUGACGAUCCGGAUCAGAGCCAUCCUGGACAGACAUCGAAUAUCGCAGUUGAUUUUCGGAGAACGUGUGGUCGGAUGCUCCCAGGGACAUUUGCACAACCUUCUGCACAAGCCCAAGCCAUUCUCGCAGCUAUCCGCCCACGGCAAGCGACCGUAUUACAAGAUGCAAGCGUUCAUGGAGAAAGAAGGCUUGCAAGAUCGAAUUGAUGAGUUAACGUCACUCCGGGGAGGAGGAAGAAAGCGUCCACUCGAAGACGACAACAGCGACCCAGACACGCACUGCAAGCCUAGGAAGAAACGUGUCACGUUCACAAUCGGACAGCGUGCCAUGCUGGAAGAUCUGUUCGAGGAGAACACGUACCCAUCGCGAGAGGAGAUUGACAGCAUAGCGAAAAACCUGGAUCCAUCGGUGCCAGCCGACACCGUGCGCUUCUGGUUCAACAACAAGCGCAGGCUGGAGAAGAAACGGCGAACUGAACCACCGACGGACUCUUAUGAGUAUCACGAUGAUGAGGAAGGCAUGGAAGAGGAUGAUGGCAAUGAGGAGGAUGACGAUGACGAUGAAGAGGACGAAGAGGAUGAUGAAGAUGAAGGAGAAGAUGACGAUGAUGAUGAUGGCGCGACUGAAGAAGACAUGAAUGAAGACGAGGGAGAUGAAGAAGAAGAGGAGGAGGAGGAGGAGGAGGAAGAAGAAGAACCUGCACAUGUAGCGGCAGCAGUACCACCACCACCGUCCUCAGCAGAAAAGAAACACGGCAGCAAGCAGAGUAAUGUCACUUCCAAUAGAGGAUAUCAUGAAAAGAAACACAAGGAUAACGCCGCCAUGGCCACCGCCAUUGUUGGUGGUGGCCAUGGCGAUGGUGGUGCUAGCAGCGGUACUAGUCCAAGAGGCCACACAGAAAACAACGGCAAACCAGGAGUAGCACACAUUGCCACUGGAAAAGCACAUCAUCAACACAAGCGUAGCAGUAGCACUGGCAAUAACCAAGCUGCUGCGGCCGCAACAUUAGCAGCGCGCCCGGCUCACACAACCGCAAGUGGAGUGGCGCUGACGUCCUUCCCCGGUAUCCAGCAGAGCACGCCCACAUCGGGCUCCACUCCCACACGCGGAUCCACCGCAGCUCCCGCCCGGUCGCCAAGCACUCUACAGGCUCGGGUGUCGAGUGCAUCGCGCUCAGCAACAGCAUCUGUACAACGCGCGCCCAUGCACGCCGGACCUACGCCAAUACCAGGGAAACGACCACCUGGUCCAGCUGGGGCUGCAGCAAUUCUAGCCUCGGCUACCAAAGCCUUAUAAUAGAAAUGGACACACUGGAGAUUAGUGUGAAUCAAACAUGCAUGUCUAGAUUUAGUUAGGGUGCGAGUGGCCGAUACAUCUCCAUCCACCAUAUUUAGGUAGAAGGUAGGGUAGCCUGUCUUUGGUUCGUCCCUUAUUUAUAUGUGCCAUCCCCACGCAUACUAUGCAUUCUUUUCAAACUUGAUCUGACCAUCAGUGCCAUUGUCACUGCGUCGCCAAUCCGGACUACCAACGCACAUACUGUACAUACGGACCACGAGCCACGGGCAGCAGUCUGCUUUUUUGUUGGUUGUUCUCGAUAAACCGAUUCUGCUGCAUGCCUAGUGUAAUUAUCUGUUUUCGGUAUCUACAUCCAUAUCAACAGUUACUAGUCUUGUAUUGCCAAGAACACAGACCUACACACUAGA